AUGGCAACCAUCCAUAAGCUAUUCAAGUCGCCCUUCUUCGAUUUUGAGUUUCUUCGUCUACUGGCCAUGGCGCCACAUGAAGGAGCCGAGAUCGGAGAGGCGCUGGAAGCAGCAGCCAAGAUCAACGAUCAAGAUCCAGAGUCAUGGUAUAGUGCCCUUGUCGAAGCUGGUAACAAGGCAGAAGCCAUUGCAAAAGAAGCUGAGGCCUCUGGAGAUCGUGUGGGUGCGCGACGGGCGUAUCUACGCUCGUCAAACUACCUUCGCGCAGCGCAGUUCAUGCUCAAUGAAGGGCCUAUAGGACAUGACAAAAGGGUCCUUCCAACAAUUGAACGAUCCAUUGCCAAUUUUAGAAAGGGCGUCCAGUAUCGUGACGGAAAGACCAUUUUCCUGGACAUCCCGUACGAGGACGGAAAACGGUUGCCUGGUUAUCUCUACAUGCCGUCCGCCUCAAGCCGCAUUUCUGGUCGCAAGAUCCCCAUCCUGCUCAACUCUGGCGGUGGCGACUCUACUCAAGAGGAAAUCUACUUUGUGAACCCAGCGUACGGGCCGGAUGUAGGAUACGCAGUCCUCACUUUUGAGGGGCCCGGUCAAGGAAUCGUCCUCCGUCGCGACAAGUUACCCAUGCGCCCUGACUGGGAAGCCGUCACCGGUCCCGUCCUGGAUCACCUCUUUGAUCUGGCUGCUCGUCAUCCCGAACUUGACCUAGAUCUCGACCACAUUGCCGUCACGGGUGCGUCCAUGGGUGGUUAUUUUGCACUCCGCGCGGCUACAGACCCCCGCAUCAAGGCAUGUGUGAGCGUGGAUGGAUUUUACAGCUUGUCGAGCUUCGUGGGAGGCAGGAUGCCGGCACCACUAUUUAACGGCUUUAUGAGCGGCUGGAUUUCUGACGGCAUGUUCAAUGGAAUACUCAGCUUUCUCAAGAAACUUGACUUUCAGGCCCGAUGGGAAUUUAACCACUUGAAGUGGGCCACGGACUCCAAGACGGACGCGGAUAUCAUGCGUAGUUUUGGCGACUACACAUUGCAGAACGCGGACGGCACAGAAUACUUGGCUGACGUGAAGUGCCCAACACUAGUGACGGGGGCAGGGGCAAGCUUCUACUUCAACCCAGCCACGACAACAGACAAGAUUUACGAGUGCUUGACUAGUCUCAAAGACGGCAUUGACAAGGAGAAGUGGAUCGCUACAGAUGUAGCAUUCGGAGGCCUCCAGGCCAAGAUCGGUGCGUUUGGAUAUUCGGCACAGAAAAUGUUUGAGUGGCUGGACCAAAGAUUUGAAGUUGAGAGGGAGCCUUUGACGGCCAGCUCGAGUAUCGAAGACUUGGUCACCAAGUUUUAA